GGCAGAAGCGGGCAGAAAUGGACGAGGUUUCUGAGUUCGAGAGGCAAAGACAAGCCAAUAUCGAGCGUAAUAGAAAGCUGCUGGCUUCGUUAAACCUGAACUCUCUGUCCAAUGAGAUUUCAGAAAGCAUCAAGCAAGAGGAUGAGGCGUCGAAGAGGAAGAAGUCAUCUUCAACAACGCAGAAGAAAACAAAGCGUCAAAAGGUAGAGGUUCAACCGAUCAGACGCUCGAGAAGGUUGGCUGGUGUUUCAAUUGAUGAUUCUGACUCAAAAGCACGUGAAUUUGAGUUGGAAGAGGACAGGAGAAGACGUGAGCGUGAAGAGCUCGAGAAGUUGAAGACACUUCGUGUUGAUGGUGAUCUAAGUCUUUUAGACCUUGUGAAGGACCAGACGGUCAAAUCGGAGGAUGGCGAAGACAGUUCCAAGCUACUGGAGAAGUUCCAAAAGUUCUUGGGUAACUCAAAGUCCUUUAGCAUUGGCGAUUACUUCGAAACCAUUGUAAAGAAGGAUAACUCUUCCAAGGAUGUUAAAAAGCUUAGAGAAGAACUCGGCUCCAAGGAACUGUACACACACUUCAAACCCAAUGAUAUAAAACUCACCAAGGAUAGAAUGACUUAUAUCUGUUUCCAUCCUGAUAUUGAUCGUAAACUGAUCAUUGGGGGUGACUCUACAGGUAACUUGGGAAUCUGGAACUCGGAGAAUACCGACGAUGUCGAUAUCUUAUCCUUCAAAUUGCACGGUAAGAAUAUAGCAAAGCUCGAAUUCAACAUGAACGAUACGACGAAGGUUUAUAGUGCAUCGUAUGAUGGGUCCAUUCGCUCAAUUGAUCUACGCUCCAUGAAGUCCUCACAGUUAUUCAUCAACGACUUUGACGUUGGUAUCACUGACAUAAAUUACAACAACGACAAUGAAAUGUACUACACAACAAUGCAAGGACAAUUCAGCAGAAUUGACCUGAGAGCAGGCGAUCACUCAAGAAGACAAGUUUUGAGAUUGUCGAAUAAAAAGAUUGGUGGAUUCACUAUCAAUCCGAUGAAUAAGAACCAGAUUGCUACUGCCUCAUUGGAUCGAACUUUGAAGGUUUGGGAUCUAAGAACAGCAACUACGUGUGAUUGGGAUGAAUGGGAUGACAACCUGGAGACUCUGCACACUGUUGGCGUCUAUGAUUCAAGAUUGUCAGUUUCCAUCGUGGAUUGGAAUAGAUCUGGUGACCUUGUUUGUAACGGUUACGAUGACACAGUUAACAUCUUCAAUCUUGGUGAGGACAUCAGCACUAAACCUAAGAACUUCGCUAUUGAAGGUGAUUUGACCCCAAGUCAUCGUAUCAAACACAAUUGUCAAACGGGAAGAUGGGUAUCCAUUUUGAAGGCAAGGUGGCAGCAAUAUACCCCGGACAAAGAAAAGUUUGUCAUUGCCAAUAUGAACAAGUACUUUGACGUCUACGACCGAGAUGGUCAUCAGCUGGCACAUUUGUCAAACCCACUGGUGACCAACGUACCAGCAGUGUGUAACUUCCAUCCCACCCAGAAUUGGCUUGUUGGUGGAGGUGCAUCGGGUAAGGUCUACAUGUUUUCCUAAAUAAUCAUAAUGAUAUUGACAUAUAAUCCCGUU